GGGAGAGGCCGUUGCGCCCCAGCUCAAGAUGCAGAGGUGCACUAGUUUCCUGUUUCUGUCUUUAAUCCUUUGUGCCACCCUGUCAGAAACAUUUGGACUGGUUUUCUCAGCAAAAGAAAAAAGGGGCUGGACUUUGAAUAGCGCUGGUUACCUACUUGGGCCACGUUGUAUUGAUCAGCUUUUACUGAUAAAGGAAAUGCCCAUUGCAAGGGGGAGAGAAGAGGCACCAGGGGCAUAUGCAGUAGAUAAUCACAGAUCUUUUAACGACAAACAUGGUUUCACUGGUAAGCGUGAAAUACAGCCUGAUGAGGAUAUUAAAGCAGGGGAUCUUGGAAGACCACUGGCUGAUGAAAACAUUGUGCGCACAGUAAUUGAAUUUUUGACUUACUUACAUCUUAAAGAGGUGGGAGCACUUGACAAACUACCUUCACCAGAGGAAACAAACCAGUCUUGAAGAAGUAUGCAUUUUUAUUUUAUUGUAGUGUAGAUUUAGAUUGAAUUCUAAACAAAAGAUCCAAAUGAACUGAAG